CAGCCGAUGCCGAUGCCGACGCCCGUCCUCGAGCAGCCUCCGCCUCCGGCACCGGCGGGCGAGUGGCGUCUCCUGCACGCCAACAUCGGCGUGUCCGCCAUGCACAUGCAGCUCCUCCCUGACGACUUCGUCCUCAUGUUCGACCGCACCGACUCCGGCCCCUCCAACAUCUCCCUCUCCGGCGACUCCUCCCCCUGCUCCCCCCCAAACUCCCCCUCAAACUCCACAAACUCCACCGCCGCCGCCAUUAAGGACUGCACGGCGCACUCGGUGCUCCUGGACCUGCGCUCCAACGCGCUCCACCCGUACCCGCUGGCCACCAACCCCUGGUGCUCCUCCGCCGCGCUCCUCCCCAACGGCACGCUCCUCCAGACCGGCGGCUUCUCCGACGGUGACCGGACGGCCCGCCUCUUCUCCCCUUCCUCCGGCUGGAACGACCUCCCUUCCUCCCUCGCCGCCCGCCGCUGGUACGCCUCCGACCUCCUCCUCCCCGACGCCCGCGUGCUCGUCCUCGGCGGCCGCCGCCAGUUCAACUUCGAGUUCAUCCCCCCACUGUCGCCAUUGCCGACCUUCUUCCCGUUCCUGGACGAGACGACGGAGCCCGACGCCGAGAACAACCUCUACCCGUUCCUCCACCUGCUCCCCGACGCCACCGUCUUCGUCUUCGCCAACGACCGGGCAAUCGUCUUCAACCCCUACGACGACCUCCACAACCCGCUCUCCACCCGCCGCCUCCCGCCGAUCCCCGGCGGCGUGCCGCGGAACUACCCGUCCUCCGGCUCCUCCGUCCUCCUCCCCUUAAACCCCUCCUCCCCUUCCCACGCCGAGGUCCUCGUCUGCGGCGGCGCGCCGAGAGGCUCCUACCAGCAGGCGCUCAAGAAGAACGGCACCUUCCUCCCCGCCGACGCCACCUGCGGCCGCAUCGCCCCGACGGAUCCCAACCCGGCGUGGGCCAUGGAGGAGAUGCCGCUCCGUCGGGUCAUGGGCGACAUGGUGCUCCUCCCCACCGGCGACGUGCUCAUCAUCAACGGCGCCGCAUCCGGGACCGCCGGGUGGGAGCUGGCGAGGGACCCCGUGCUGUCCCCUGUCCUGUACAGACCAAACGUCGAACAGAUCGGGGGCGCGAGCAGGUUCGAGGUCAUGGCGGGCACGGCGACCCCGAGGAUGUACCACUCGGCGGCGGCGCUGGACACGUACGGCCGGGUGCUGGUCGGCGGGAGCAACCCGCACGUCGGGUACGCGUUCGCCGGCGUCGAGUUCCCCACGGAGCUCAGUUUGCAGGCGUUCCUGCCGCCGUAUUUGGAUCCCAGGAUGGAUCCCGUCAGGCCGCGGGUGGUGGCGGCGCCGGCGGAGGUCGGGUACGGGGAGGUCGCCGCGGUGCGGUUCGAGGUGCCCGGCGGGGAGCUGGUGGUGGUGGGUGGCAAUGAGCAGCAGCGGGAGCAGCAGGUGGUGGUGAGGGUGGCGGCGGUGGCGCCGGGGUUCGCGACGCACGCGUUCGGGAUGGGGCAGAGGGUGGUGGGACUGGCGGUGGGGAUGGUGGCGGAGGUGGGGGAAGGGAUUUAUGAGGCCGAGGUCGCCGCGCCGCCGUCGCCGGGCGUGGCGCCGCCCGGGUAUUACCUGUGGUUCGUCGUGCAUGCCGGCGUGCCCAGCGGUGCCGCCGCCUGGGUCCGCAUCCGCCCGCUCGGUGCCGCCACUUGAUGGUUAACGGGAAGAUGAUGUACGUCUGUGAUAAAGAUCAAAUAUAUAUACCGUACUCCCUCGUGUUCAUAAUAAUUCUUCUCUCAAAUUUGCUCAAAAUUAAAUAUAUCUAUUCUUUCAAAUUUGCUCAAAAUUAAAUAUAUUUAUUUUA